GCGGGGAGCGGGAGGAAGGCGCUGGCGGGCAGUGAUGGCGGCGGGUGAUGGGGACGUGAAGCUAGGCACCCUGGGGAGUGGCGGCGAGAGCAGCAGCGACGGCAGCAGCGGGAGCCCGGGCGGCGCGGGAGCGGGGCCAUAUGGAAUAUUUGCUGGAAGAGAUGCUUCCAGAGGACUAGCAACAUUUUGCCUAGAUAAGGAUGCACUUAGAGACGAAUACGAUGACCUCUCAGAUUUGAACGCAGUACAGAUGGAGAGUGUUCGAGAAUGGGAAAUGCAGUUUAAAGAGAAAUAUGAUUAUGUAGGCAGACUCCUAAAACCCGGGGAAGAACCUUCAGAAUAUACAGAUGAAGAAGAUACCAAGGAUCACAAUAAACAGGAUUGAACUUUGUAAACAACCAAAGUCAGGGGCCUUCAGAACUGCAAUUCUUACUCCCUUUCACAGAAUGUCCAGUGUCUUUUGUUCUGAUUCACCUGCUGCGAAAAAUAUUCGACAGAUUGUAUACAAGAUAAAUGAGUCUCGCUCUGAAGAUUUGAAUCUAGACAUUAUGUAUGCUGCCAAGCUCAUCCGUUGCAGUUGUGUGUAAUGUCUGGUGGGGCUCCAUCGUCCUGAAGAGGAACAGACAGGCGUUUCUUAAACAGCAAGAAAGUCAGGAGGUUACUUUUAGCUUUUCUUCCUCAUCCCCUUCUCCUUUACCCCCCCUCCCCCUUCAUCCUCAUCCCCUCUGACCUUAUUCUCUCUCGCUCUUUUUUCUCCCUCCCUCUCUUUCUCCAGAAUAUAUCAAAGACAACCAGAUGGGUAUUUGCAACUCAAGUGUACAAAUCUCAAAAAAUACCAAGGGACUCCCUAUUUUACAUGCUGUGUUUUUAUUGUGGCAUUGACGAGGGAGGGGGCCUGGGAGAGGAGGUGGGAGAUGCACAUUUGAGUAGUUUAGGCUACUGAAACAUUAAAAUGUGAAUUCCCAAACUUUUCUUUUUGGGCUUUGUCAGGGAAAAGGAAAAAAAAGAAGGGAUUUCAAGUGGAUUGAAGUCAAGGAAAUUCUCCCAAGAUCAUUUCAAGCCAGUUUUAUCCCCUCCCUUUCUUCCCCUAGAUGAAAUCAAUAUUAAUUGUGCCUUAUUUCACUUCCAUAGACUUGAAUUAUUUUUAGGGAAGCCCCUAUAUGAAUUUAGAAGUCACUACAAACAGCAUUGAGACUGAAGUUGGAAUAUUCUGUUGACCCACAAAACCUUGAUGUUGUUCUGUGUAUAUAGAAUGUAAGAGGAAUAUUCAGUGUUAACUGCCAUGUAUGUUGAUAUAUACAAAUUUAAUGAGCAUUGUGAUGCCAAAUGCAUUCCCCCAUGCUUUCUCUUUUAAAAAAAAUUGGAAAUCAGAUCAACAGUUCUUAUCCCCUUACAGAAGCUGCCUAAUUUUAGGAGUCUGACGCUCACAUCUCAGCGGUGUGGGUGUGUGGGGCCGAGGUGUGGAUGUCUGUGUGGGUGUGUCUGGAUGUGUGUGAGUGCCUUGGAAGGGACUCUUUCUGCAGAUACUGUAAAUAUAAGUACUGUUUUAAUAAAGCAUGUAUAAUAAACCAAAAUAAGCUUGAGUUGGAUUUUAUAUGCAAAACUGUAAGCCAGUGCAUUAAGAUAUGGUAAUAAGAUUGUCCAUUUGAUUCAAGGUGAGAACUCGGAAAUGAAAAGCGGGCACUGUUAACAAAGUUGUACACAUUGUACCACACUCAGUGUAACUUUAGGAAGAAAUUCCACUUCUGUGGGACAUUCUUACGCGAUCUGAGAUUAUUCAGGUAUUGAUAUAUAAAAGUGUACAUAUUCUUACUUUAUAUUUUGAUGCCAACUGAUUAUCUUAGAAGUAAUAGCACUCCAGGCAAUAGCUAUGAAAUGCGAAACAGUAAAGGAUAUUGUACUGAUAAAUACCAAAUUCUUCCCUUAUGUGGCUGAAAAGGUCCUUAACUAAAAGUCCUACAUACGUUAAUCGUAUGAUUUUGUCAUGACCAUGUAAGUUCUUGAUUGAGGACAAGUCACACCAAAAAAUCAAUUUUAUUUAAGUCACCAGUUAAAAAAAAGACUUCUGUUUAAAAGGUAUAAUAUUUGCAAAAGCCAUCAAAAGGGGAACUUCAAACUGCAAGAACAAGUGAAUGUGUAAAAUACUACAUUCUGUAAUGUUUUGUGGAAACAUCCUUGGUCAAAUCUCGGCCAAAGAGUGGUUAUGAGGACUUAAAAGAGUUGGGAAAUGCUUUGUGUUUUUGUGUAUUUUCUUAAAAAAUUUGUUAAAGUACAUGUCCUCUGUAAUAAACAUAUAUGUAUGUAUAUAUAUAUAUAUGAAUUAUUUGAGCCUACAGUUCAAUAAUAAACCUGCACUUGUGAAUAGAGAAGCCCUAAGCAUUCGUAUGGUAAAAAUGGUGUGGUCUGUUAAGUGAAUCAUUUUCUGUGUUGGAUUCAAAUAAACUGUGUUCUGUAGAUAA